AGGGCUUAGAAGUUAUAAAAGACUCCGUUAUCGAUGAGUGGCUCAGCGAAGGAUGUGCAAUCCAAGAAGGAGCUUGAUAGCGUGGUUCACAGUGGUGCACCCGUUGUUCUGCAGUUCUGGGCCUCGAGUUGUGAGGCUUCGAAGCACAUGGACGAGGUCUUUGCCCACCUCUCUACUGAUUUCCCUCAUGCCCAUUUCUUAAGGGUUGAAGCAGAAGAACAGCCUGAGAUAUUUGGGGCUUAUUCGGUUUGUGAUGUGCCCUACUUUGCCUUUGUGAAGGAUGGAAAGGUCGCUGAUACAUUAGAAGGUGCAGAUCCAUCUAUGUUGGCCCAUAAAGUUGCUAGGGUUGCUGGGUCAGUUAAGCCUGGAGAACCUGAUGCUCCUGCUCCUGCCAGUCUUGAGACAGUCCACGAGUUAGCAAAAGAAAAUGGAUCUUCCCAGAAGCAAGAGCAAAUUCAAGCACAAAAUGGCCUUGAUGAUGCCUUGAAAAGGCGGUUGCAACAGCUGAUUGACUCUAAUCCACUCAUGCUUUUCAUGAAAGGAAGCCCUGAGGAGCCCAAAUGUAACGUUAGCCGAUUGGCCAUUGACAUUUUGAAGCAAACGAAGUUCAAAUUUGGAAGUUUCGAUGUUCUUACGGACAAUGAAGUCAUGGAGGGGAUAAAGAGGUAUUCUAACUGGCCAAUAAUACCGCAGAUUUACUACAAAGGGAAGCCCCGUGGUUGGUCUGAGAUAGAAAUUUUAAUGCGUCGAAGUGGUGAAUUAGAGGAAGUACCCAGAGACCAUGGAAUUGAUACUGCUGAUUCUACUGGGGCGAAGGUAACUGAAUUAGAGGAAGUUUCCAGAGAACAUGGAAUGGAUACUACUGAUUCUGCUGGGGCAAAGGUAACUGAAGCUGGAAGUGGAAAGGUCGGUAUCUCAGCAACUACUGGAUUUUCCCAGGACUGGAUCUUCUCACGAGCAGAUGCAAGUUCAAGUGCAAAAUGGCCUUGA